CAACUAGUACCAUAUUUUUAUACGUUUAUGGAAAACAAGACAUAAAAAUGCCAAGUGGACGGCGAAUUUUAUCUCGUAUCCAGUCAAACUCUUAUAAUAACAGCAGUAAAGGAGGAAGUGGGAGAGUUGCAGUUCUCUGCUCUUGGAGAUAGGUUAAGACAGAUGAUACAUGAUAGAGCUCAGGGGCGGAUCCAGGAAUUUUUUAAGUCAUGCAGAAGACCGAGAUUCCACCAUGGUGCCCCUGGCUCAGCUGGCAGUACUGCCCAAACACUGCCACCUCCCAGAAAUCCCAAGCGACCCCAACAUGUCGUUUGAGGCCAUGCUGUACUUUUUUGGAGUGAUCGCCAUGGGUCUUCAGUACAUUAACCUUUAUCGCACAGUGUGGUGGCUACCCCACAGCCAUGCUAAUUAUGCCCUGAAUUUCUACCUGAUCGAUGUGUAUCUUGUGCUGUUUCUCUGUGUCCUGAUGAGUCGGAGGAUUGUAUGGUGCUUUGUUCAGGAGGUAUAUGGAUCCCGAUCCACAAAGAGUGUGAUAUAUUGGAUUGUUCAGGUGUUUAAGGGGGCACUAUUGGUCAGUAUCGCCCUGGGUCUUGUCUACACAGCCUACCAGGUGGUGGCAAACCACUCAGCCUUGUAUUGUCUCUUUCUGUCCUGUCCUGUUAUUACAUAUGUGUUUCUGUUCGGCCCAUCCAUAAAACCGCUUUACCACAAAUGUUUGGUGUGGCCCACCCCAGUUUGUGAUAGACCAAGGCACAGGAGGGAGGAGGAUGAAGUCAUCCUGUUCCAUAACUGCGUGUUGACCCCUGACAUCAUUAGGUCAGAGGUCGAUUAUUUUAAAUCGGACUUCAAUAACCGGAUCAAACAGGUUCUGUUCAAUUCACUCCUAACAGCGUACUACAUGACUUUUGUUCCACUGUGUUUUGCUCAGCAUGUACAAAACACGUGCGAGUCGUGUUGGAACACCCUGUACUAUGACACAUGGUGGGUGGGGCAACAUGUGGUGGUCACAUGGCUCUCAGCAUUUCUGAUGCUAAUAGUUCAUUACCUGCCCCCUAAAUACCUUGACCUGUUGCACCGAACAGCCCUUCAUUUGGGUCGAUGGCAGAAAGUGGAGGGGAGACACGCCCACGUGCCCUAUAACGCAUGGUCAGAGUUAACAGUCUGGCCACAAGGUGCCCUGGUUAAACAUGUUAAAGGAUUAUUUAAGGCGGACGGAAUCAACGUAACGGCAGAACCUGGCAAUGGGAUGCAUGGACGAUUUUAUUUUCUUUUUCACCAACCAAUGAGAGUGGUUAACUGGUUACUAAUCUUAACGUGGCUUCUUGUUGGGUACCAGUUUUUCUGUCUUUUACAAAGCACGGAAUGGAACCAUAUUAUCUGCAUAGCUCUUGUUUUAUUCUGUAAUUAUUACACUCUAUUCAAGCUUUUAAGAGACAGAAUUAUCAUAGCCAAAGCAUAUAAAGAAGAAAUUUCCGAGGACGAAAAAUAACUUAUGGAAUUGAGUGUAUGAUAAUCAUGACAUCAUGACAUAACAUGUACCAUGAGAAAGAUGCAUGCAAGUAUGCUUGCCAUGCCAAAGGUUUGCUACAUGCAUAAUAGCACGCCGAUACAUUUUGCCCUUUGAUAUUGUAUAUUUAUUUUGCAGGAUGCAAAAGUAUCAUGUUUGUUGUACAAAAUGUGAUGAAUAUGUGUUAAAAGUUCAUUUCAUGCUGAGCAUGACUUACAUUAGUAUUCUAUAAAUAAAUAUCUGCAGCAUUU